UUCAGCUCCACUGUAGAACUGGGUGACGUCACAGUCGCUGUUCUGAGCUCCUCUAUUAAAUCCUGAUGGAAUAAAAGUUCGGGUUUGGUGAAGCUGCUCUGUUUUCACCUCUUCACUCAUCAUGGCUGAGAAACAGAAGAGACGUGAGAACCAACGUGCUUCUUUAAUGCAGAGAUUCUUUUGUUGGCCGGUUUGUCUGACCCGUCCUCGGACGUCUUCUCAGGACGACCUGAAUGAGGACAGCAGACAGAAAUACGAUGUGGACAGAGAGAGCAGGGUCGUUAUGGAGGGAUUUCUGUUCAAGAGGGCCAGCAAUGUGUUUAAGACAUGGAACAGGCGCUGGUUUAUGAUUAAGGACAAUCAGCUCAUUUACAAGAGCAAGUCUAAGCGUGAGGCGACUGUGCUGAUAGAAGAUGUGAGAUUGUGUAGGAUUGAACACUCUGAGAACAUCAGACACAGCUUUCACUUCCAGCUGGUUUCACCCACUAAGGGGUGUUUUUUGAAAGCUGAUUCGGAGGAGAUUGGACAGGCUUGGAUGAAAGUAAUACAGAACAUCAUUACCAAGCCUGAUGAUGCUGACAGAUCAGACAGCUUGGAGACACUAGACAGGAAGUCGUCAUCAUCGUCUGCAGUUAGUUCAGAAUCAGAUCAGCACCAAAAAGCAUCUGAAGCUUCAGCCUCUGUAGCUGAGAUCAGCCUUGGUGAAGUGAUCUUUGAAUGUGCUGCUGAGUUGAAUGACUCUGAUGCCUCUGUUGAGAGCGGUGGUAAGUAUAGUACAUACAGCUUUUCAGGGGUUUGUUCUGUAGGUGCAGAAGAAGAAAUCCUGAGCGAUGAAGAAAGCCCAGAGGAUCCAACCACCAGCGUUCAUUUCUUCAACAAUCCUGAACCAUGA